UCGCUCACAUUAUACUACUGGACAGCAACGAGAGCAAACAGCUCGUCAAGAAAGUUCCAAGUUCCUGAAGUGCGAUAGUGAUUUUCCAAGAAGUGAGUGUGGAAAAGAUUUUCAUUCCGGAAAAAAAAUUUAGUGAUUCCUCGUGUGAAAAACAUCAAUAAACAAAGAUGGCGGCCAAGGCACCAGCAGUCGGUAUUGAUUUGGGUACCACCUACAGUUGCGUCGGUGUGUUCCAGCACGGCAAGGUCGAAAUCAUUGCCAACGACCAGGGCAACCGCACGACCCCGUCCUACGUGGCGUUCACCGAUACGGAGCGUCUGAUCGGAGAUGCCGCCAAGAACCAGGUCGCCAUGAACCCAACCAACACCAUCUUCGAUGCCAAGCGUCUGAUCGGUCGCAAGUUCGACGAUCCAGCCAUCCAGGCCGAUAUGAAGCACUGGCCGUUCGAUGUGGUCUCGGUCGAGGGCAAGCCAAAGAUCCAGGUCGAAUACAAGGGAGAAACCAAAAACUUCUUCCCAGAGGAAAUCAGUUCCAUGGUGCUGACCAAGAUGAAGGAAACCGCCGAAGCCUACUUGGGCAAGACGGUGUCCAACGCCGUUGUGACAGUGCCUGCUUACUUCAAUGAUUCGCAGCGUCAGGCCACCAAGGAUGCCGGUACCAUCUCCGGAUUGAACGUGCUGCGUAUCAUCAACGAACCGACAGCCGCUGCCAUUGCCUACGGUCUGGACAAGAAGACCGCCGGUGAACGCAACGUUCUGAUUUUCGAUCUUGGUGGCGGUACCUUCGAUGUGUCAAUCCUGUCCAUCGAUGAUGGUAUCUUCGAGGUCAAGUCCACCGCCGGUGACACCCAUCUUGGCGGUGAGGAUUUCGACAAUCGGUUGGUGAAUCACUUCGCCCAGGAAUUCAAGCGCAAGCACAAAAAGGAUCUGUCGACAAACAAGCGUGCCCUGCGUCGUCUCCGUACGGCAUGCGAACGCGCGAAGCGUACUCUAUCUUCGUCGACCCAGGCCAGCAUUGAAAUCGACUCGCUGUUCGAGGGAACUGACUUCUACACCUCGAUCACCCGUGCCCGUUUCGAAGAACUGAACGCUGAUCUGUUCCGUUCCACUAUGGAACCCGUCGAAAAGGCUAUCCGCGAUGCCAAGAUGGACAAGGCUAGCAUUCACGACAUCGUCCUCGUCGGUGGAUCCACUCGUAUCCCCAAGGUACAGAAGCUCCUCCAGGACUUCUUCAACGGAAAGGAGUUGAACAAAUCGAUCAACCCCGACGAGGCCGUCGCCUAUGGCGCAGCUGUCCAGGCUGCUAUCCUGCACGGAGACAAAUCGGAAGAAGUGCAGGAUCUGCUGCUGCUUGACGUUACCCCACUGUCGCUCGGUAUCGAAACUGCCGGAGGUGUCAUGAGCGUUCUGAUCAAGCGUAACACUACCAUUCCAACCAAGCAGACCCAAACCUUCACCACCUACUCGGACAACCAACCCGGUGUGCUGAUUCAGGUGUUCGAAGGUGAACGUGCCAUGACCAAGGACAACAAUCUGCUCGGCAAGUUUGAACUGUCCGGAAUCCCACCAGCACCUCGCGGUGUACCCCAGAUCGAGGUCACUUUCGAUAUCGAUGCCAACGGUAUUCUGAAUGUGACUGCCUUGGAGAAGUCUACCAACAAGGAAAAUAAGAUCACCAUCACCAACGACAAGGGUCGCCUUAGCAAGGAGGACAUCGAACGCAUGGUGAACGAAGCGGAGAAAUACCGCUCCGAAGACGAGAAGCAGAAGGAAACCAUUUCCGCCAAGAACGCUCUGGAGUCGUACUGCUUCAACAUGAAGGCUACCAUGGAGGAUGACAAGCUGAAGGACAAGCUCAGCGAUAGCGACAAGACACUCAUCAUGGACAAGUGCAACGACACCAUCAAGUGGCUGGAUGCCAAUCAGUUGGCCGAUAAGGAGGAAUACGAACACCGUCAGAAGGAGCUGGAAUCCGUCUGCAAUCCCAUCAUCACCAAGCUGUACCAGAGUGCUGGUGGUGCCCCAGGAGGCAUGCCUGGAUUCCCAGGCGGUGCUCCAGGAGCCGGUGCUGGUGCUGCCCCCGGUGCCGGAACCGGAUCCGGACCAACCAUCGAGGAAGUCGACUAAGCGACUCGCCACCAAUCUGCGUAGCAGCGGGAACUGACAAGAAUAAAAUGAAUGAAAACGAGUAAAAAAUUGA